GCAUUUUACCACUCCAGCGCGACGGUCACACUGUUCGAGUCUGUCUCUUUUGUGUCGCGUUUUAAUGUGAAAAGAAAAACUCUUUUGCAACGGUUACAGACAGCAGAAAAGAGUGAAAAACAUCGCGAAUUCGGAGUGCGCGACCAUGCCUUCGAGGCAGCAUUAAUACGGAGCCGCAUUUCCCUCGAUUUCCGCCGAAUUUAGGAGUGCAAAUGCGAGGCCAGCCGACGUUGGCAAACCGAAUCUCGUCUAUAUAGUCGUUUAUUAUUAAACAACAGAACACAGAAAAGCAGAAGUUGGGGAACGGGAACCCGAAACCCAGAAAACAUGUACAACAACGGGGCCAGGGGCUUCUCCAUACACGACGCCUUCGAGGAGGAGACGGACGAGGCGAUACGCGUCUAUGGAUCCACGGUGAUAUCCACGCCCAUGCGGGGUGGCAAGCAAGGUCGCUCCACCGAAGACGUCUCUAUCCGGAUUCAGGAUCCCAAGGGCUACAACAAGUAUGCCGAGGACACAACCUCCCGGGACAGUGACUCGCUCAUCCAGGAGUACGGCAACCUGCCCACGGAGGAGACCAACACAUACUGCUGGCGGCACCCAAAAGUGCGCGAAAACUGGCGCACAGUGCUGGCCGCCUUUACGCUCCUGGUCGUGGGCACAGGCCUCUUCGUGAUGGGCACCUUCGCCAUCGCCGAUCCGCAGAACACGUCGCAGGGAGUCGUGUUCUUUGUGGCCGGACUUAUCUGCUUCAUACCCGGGGCCUACCACGUCGUGUACAUCUGGCUGGCAGCCAAGGGAUAUCGAGGGUUUGACUUCUAUCACCUGCCGCUGUUCACAUAAGCGGACAUCUGGCUAGUUCAACUGGUUGAUCCAAGGAUCCAGAUCAAGCAAGAUAGCGAGGGAGGGGAGUGGGAGAUCCCCGUCUAUAUAUAUAAAUCCAUGUGUUUGUUUAUAUUUGUAUAAACAAUUUAUUUUCUAUAUCGUAAUUGUAUUUAACCCGAAACUCGGUUUGUGUAACGUACUUUUUGUGUUUAGCGGCAAAAAUUUCGUUUAGACAAAAACCCCCCUUAAAACCCGAAUCGAAAUCUAGCAAUAUAUAGAUUAUAUAUUUUACAAUAUUUUCUAUUAUGUACUCGGUGAAGUGUUUUGUAUACCCCCAAACCCAACCCAAAAAGUAUAAAACAUUCAUACGUACACUCGAAAUUUAUUUAAACAAAAGAAAAACAAACGAAAGACUUUGUAUAUGAUGCUAACAUGUUGAGGAAGCGCUAGAGUUAUAACGUAUACUAUAUAUAAAUUGUAAUUGUAACUUAUUGAAAUUUAAUUGCACCAAAAACGCUGGCAAGCGUACGAAAAUGUUUUACGAUUUUCAAAACCAACACUCAAGAAACAAAAAAAGAUUAAAAACCGUACACCCACGAAACUAUGUAUAUGAUUAGUGAGCGUCUGUCCAGGGAUGCGCCUUAAAGAACUAGAUCUAGACUUUAGUCAACGUCGAAUUAUGAUACGAUCUAACCUAAUCGAUUGCAACGAGGGAUUUCUCGAGCAAACCAUGAUAAUACCAAGCUACUAGUGAUGUAAGACGAUGCGCAGAUAUUGCAAUACGUUAUUUUAUAGCUAUUAAAGUGAUGACGCGUCUCUUUUCCGCUGACCUAACCCCCGUCCUCUAAUGAAAUUACAUCUCACAGUCAUUCACAUUUCUAAAAACUGAUCAUACACCUCAUCUGCCGUUUAGUUCUUAAUGUCGUAUAAUUUCUUUUUUAAGAAAUGCUGAAUAUGGUUGUAUUAAAAGAGAAUAAUUAUUACACGCAGAAAACCCAAAAAAAUAAAGAAAAAAACAAUAAAUUUACUUAAAACACAUAAAUACGAUUUAUGGCUAAUACAGGACUCCUAUUUUCCAAAAUUUACACGAAACCUAAUUUUUAGCUGUAACUUUGUGACUUUUGUAUGUAUUUUCCCAUUGAAUGUUGGUUUUUAUUCGAAUUAAAAAUAUUAUUUUUGAACA